GUCAGAAGUUCGACCGUGGUUUCCCCCUUAGCCGUUCCUCAUACCUCGACAUUCACUGGCCGCGCCUCUGACUCCCUCCCUCCCUCUAAAUCGCUAGUUCGACUUCAUCCUUCUCUCGAUAUACAUCUUAUCCUUCUCCCCUUUCCUCAAGUCCCUGACACACUUGCCUGAAACAUUGUCUCAACAAAGUACCCACACUCUUUGACCAUCCAACCCUUGAAUAUUUUCUACACCUCAAAAUGAAGUUCACCCUUGUCGCUUUCAUCUGUGGCCUCGUUGGCCUCGCCCUGGCCGCCCCAAUGCCCGUCCCACCGAGGGAGGACAGCUUCUAUGGUCCACAGCUCGAAUCGGGCGCAAAGCGUGACGCAGCCCCUCCCUCCUCCGACAGUUUCUUCGGUUCACCGAUCUUCUCCCCUGCGAAACGUGACACAGAGGCUGCCAAGGGGGCCAAGGAGGACAGUUUCUUCGGUUCACCGUUCUACUCCAAUGGGAAGCGUGAAGCUGUGGCUCCUAAGGAGGACAGUUUCUACGGUGCACCAGUCUUCUCGGAUGCGAAGCGGGACGUAGCCCCUCCUACGCCUGACAACUUCUACGGUCCCAGCUGGGGCGCCAGUAGCAAGCGGGAAGCGGAGCCGGAGCCCGAGCUGGCUGACAGUCACGGUGUAGCCCCCGCAGCUGACAACUUCUACGGCCCUCCAGGCGGUGGAUAUUACAGGCGUGAGGCUCAGUAAUUGAGCAUUGAGUUGUCGCCGGAGUCGCCGAUCUAGCCUAUCUCAUCCGCAGCCACCGAACAAUCACCCCUCCCUCCCUCCCGUCAUGCCCGCGAGCAGUCCUCGUCCCCCACCCGCCGCCGCCCCGGUCGCAUACACGCCAGGAACCGUGGUCGCCCGUUCGUACACAUCGGAGAUGAGCGCACCUCCCAUAUCGGCUGGUGUACAGCGCUUGAGGGAGAUAAUGAAAGAGAACGGGGAGGAAGCUGGAUGGGACAAAGCCUGGCAGGAAGAUGUCACCCCUUGGGAAACACACGACCGGACAACGGACGGCGUCCGCCCAUUACUGAAAGAAGUGCUCGACAGCGGCGAGUUCCCCGUGCCCAAAGAGGGGCGGGCGCUCGUUCCUGGCUGUGGGCGUGGGUUUGAUGCGGUGUUUAUUGCCAGGCUGGGGCUGGAGACGUGGGGAAUUGACCUUUCUACCAGAGCGGUCGAGAGGGCCGAAGCAUUCCUCAACUCCCAACUGGACGCUCCCCCCAACGUGCACUUCCAAACCGCCGACUUCCUCACCUUCCCCAUCCCGCAGGACGGCUUCACCCUAGCAUACGACUACACGUUCUUCUGCGCAAUCCCUCCCCCUCUCCGCAACCCUUGGGGGAAGAGGAUGACAGAGCUCGUCCACCCCGGAGGGUACCUCGUUGCUGUUGCUUGGCCUUUGGACGGGGAGAGAGAGGGAGGACCGCCCUAUUCCGUUAGUGUGGACGCGUAUGAGGAAGCGCUAGGUGUUGGGAGGGGGUUGUGGACGAAGGUUGUUGACCGGCCUAGUGAGUUGAGCGCGGAUGGGGUGCAUAAAGGUAGGGAGAGAGUCGUGGUUUGGAAACGGGAGGGAGGGGCGAGGAUGUGAGGAUGCGAUCCAGUGAUCCAGUGAUCAACAAGUGCAAGGAAGAACAAGUAUCAGCAAG